GAUGAUCAUCAUCAAUAUUUCGUAAUUUAUGCAUUUGUUUAUUUUAUGUAGUAACUUCAGAAGUAUCAGAGACAAAGGUAAACGUGCGUGUAAUUCACCUCGGUCGUCUGCUGAGUGUGUGCUUGACUAUAAGCUAGAAAAGGAGAAAAAGCGAUAUCUCGGGAAAAUGAAUAAUUGUUCAUUCACCUAUUGUUUACUUCAUUCUUAAAUGGACAGAGCCAUUAAGCAUACCAGAACAGAGACUAGAGAGACAGAGGAAAAUGUGCGUUAACCGAAUGAAGUAAUAGCAAAGCGACCGAAACCCAGUCGUGUUUACUUUGUAUGAAUCGCAGUGCUGUGAUACUUAUCACCUCCAGGAGUAAGAUAAGGAAGCAAGGAAGCAGCUGGGAGAAAUCAUGUCGAGUAGCGGUGAGAGCAGCAGUAGUUCGGCCUGGACAGGUACGAGGCUGCACAUCAAGGAAGGGGAGCUGCAAUGUGUUAAGGGUUGUGGAUUCUAUGGCAACCCAGCAUGGGAGGGCCACUGCUCCAAGUGCUACAAGGAGCAUCUCGCCCAGACUCAGCAGCGCAAGACUGUCUUCCACCCUUCCCUCAAGCUCCGCAACAAAGUGAGUCGAUCAGUGAGUGAUGUCUCGGACUUCACAUCAUCAGCCACCUCAAUCAUGAGUAGGAAGUUUGACCGCUUUGAGGAAAAGCGGCGCCAGCAACUUGACAAAAAGACCAAAGCUGUCAAAUCUAUCUUCCGGAAGUCACAAGGCAAAGAAGGAGGUAAGGCUGGAGAAACAUCCAGGCCUGUCAGGCAGCUGAGCAUGGAGUCUCUGGGAGCAGGCCAACAGUUCAAUGAGUUCCUUAAGAGCUUGAACAAGGAUGUGCAGUGUGGUGUCAGUAAGCUGAUUAACAAUUUCCUGGAGAAGAUGCUCAGAGUGGUGGAGUUUCAAGCUGUUGAUGAAUCUAGUGAGCAGGUACAAGAUUUCUACACCACCAUGAAUGACAUGAUAACCCAACAGCCAGUUUAUGAAGGUUUAAAUCAAGAACAGAUUGACAAAAUAAAUGAACUGACAGAGAGAUAUAUUACCACAAGACUGUACAAGCAGCUGAAUAUUGGUGUGAAUGCCGUUUGCGAAGAGAAGGAUUUGGCAAUUCAGAACAGGAUCAGAAGUUUGGCAUGGGUCUCAAGUCAACACCUGGAAUGUGGGGUGCAAGAGUCCAGUCAGGAGGUGCGGGAAACCUUGGAUUCGGUUAUCACAGAGCUGCUUGAGAUGAACAGCAAACGUGUGCCUUCAGACAAGCUGCAGUGCCUGGUGUCUGCUGCCCACCAUGUACUGCAGGUCCUCAAACAGUCUCACUCUGGCACGCUGGCUUCUGCUGAUGACUUCCUGCCUGCCCUCAUCUACUGUGUGCUGCAGGCCAACCCACCUCUCCUCCACAGCAACAUCUCUUUCAUCACUUACUUCUCUCAGCAGCGUAGCCUCCAGAGUGGUGAGGCAGGAUACUUCUUCACCAACCUGUGCUGUGCUGUGGCAUUCAUUGAGCAUGUCACUGCACAGAGCCUUGGCCUGACAGAGGAUGAAUACCAACGUUAUAUGACUGGUCUUGCACUGCCUCCACAUGCCCUGGAUGGUGAUGCAUGGCUCUGUGAGGGAAUGCGGGUGAUGCAACAGAAUUUGAAGACUCUUGAUGACCUGCAAGCAAAAAUGGAACACCUGGUCACUCACUCGGAUGAACUGAUGCAAGAGAUGGAUGAGCUACAAGAAAGUGUCAGCAAGGAAGUGGCAAGUGUGCUGGAGAAGAAUCCACUGACCAUCCAUCCCUGCCGUAAAGUUGCCAUUGACGAGGAGCUCCCAGCCUCCCCUCUCCUCCCAUCCCCUCUUACACCUGAGGUUCCUCCUCUCAGUCCUGACAUUAUUGCUGCCCAGCAGUCUCUGUCAUUUCUCCAACAACUGGGUGAUGGAGGAAGCCAGACAACCUCUCCUGACCUGCCAGAUGCCUCCACCCAAGCAUCCAAAUCCACAUCUAGAAAUGCCUCUAAGUCCAUGGGCUCUGAAGCAGACCUCCUUAGUCUUGAUAUUGAUCUUGAGGAGACAGAUAACAGCAUGCUUGGCUCAGCUGGCCUUUUGGGGUCAGACAUUGACCUCCUGGGUCCUGAUGCAGAUUUCCAAGAAGUCAAAAGUGGCAUGGUAGAGUCAGCUUCUGGUCUUCCUGACCUGAUAGGUCCUAUAAGGUCUACUGAAAAUUCAAAAAUUACCAAGAAUCAUAAAGACUUCCUUAAUCUUGAAGAAAUUGGAUCAAAUCAGGUAUCAAACCAAGGCAUGUUUGCACUUAAUCAAUCCUAUUCAAGUAUGUCAACAAAGAACAUGAUGGAAUAUUCUAGUCCUCAAACAAAGAGUGAGAAGCACAUGUCUGACACACUGUCAAGACAGGCCUCAUUACCAUAUUCUGGUUUUACAAUUCAGGGAGGAAAGAUACCUAGUAUAGCUUGUGACACUGGCAAUACUCAUUCCCUCUCUUCUCCCCAUGAACAGUCCCAGCCAGGUAGCUCAGAUCCACUGUCUCCUCCCUUAGUUGGAUCACACCCUGCUCUUCCUCCUCCUCUCAUUCCUUCUGUUCCUGGGGAAAGGCAGGAAGCUGGUGUUUCAGGACAGAAAAGCAGUGAAAAGAAAGGAGAUGCUCUUGAUAAAGUUUGUGAUGUUUUAGGAGAAAUCGUAGAGACAUUUGAUAGUCUCUUGUAGGAUGACAGAAUGAAGGAUGUUUUGAUCAGAGAAGAGAGAAGAAGGAGAGACAAAUGAGGUACUAUACUUUAAGAUUGUUGUAGCUGAAAUGCUGUGGCUAUCUUUAGUGAGAAGAUCCCCAGAAAACACUGCCCUUAAAGGCUGAAGCUUCAAACAACAAAUAGGUGUAAUAUCACUAAUGCUACCCAUACUUGGUUGGAGGGCAAAAUAUCAACUCUGUUUCCACUACAGUCAGUGCCAGACAGCUUUGGAGUUUACAUGGUAUUUUGUGCUUCCUCCUCCAUAAUCUGAGAAAAAAAAAAAAAAAAAAAAAAA